AUGAAGUAUCACUCGUUUGCACUUUUGCUGACCACGGGGUCGGGAGCACAGCAAAUUAGGUGUCUAACGAUAGAUGGGACGGGUAUGUUUCUUUGCUCAAUAUAUGUAUUUGUAUAGUGUAAUGGAUAACCCUGUAUCGCCUGAUACUGUAUUGUACAAACCUU